AUGGCCGAGCUGUUGUCAACGGCCACGAUCACAGCAACGGGCCUUCUUUGCAAGGCAUUUCUCAACUCAGGACUUUGUUCCAUCACCGUCAGCAACCUACAUAUACUUUUGGAUGCUCUACGGAACGAUGAGAGGCGGCGACAUGGACAGGGCGUAGUAACAGUUGCAAACCAUAUUUCCACACUAGAUGAUCCACUCGUAUGGGGAACACUCCCAAUGGAACUCUACUUGAACUCCAACACAACACGGUGGUCGCUUGGUGCGUCCGAUAUAAUGUUCACUAACCCUCUGUUCUCCGCUUUCUUUCGUAAGGGUCAGGUACUAGAGACGUUUCGCGGAAAAGGAAUCUUCCAACCUUCCUUGGAUAUUGCCAUUAAACAACUUAAUGAAGGGCAUUGGGUACAUCUUUUCGGAGAAGGCAAGAUCAAUCAACCCCCCGACUAUCCGCGGAUAAAUGGAGUCGCUCGCUUGCCGCGAUUCAAAUGGGGAGUUGGAAGAAUCCUGAUGGAAACUGCAGUUUCCCCUAUCAUCAUACCGAUGUGGCUCACUGGUUUCGACAAAUUGAUGCCCGAACACCGCUCCUCUCCUUACAAGUACUUCCCAAGAUUAGGUGUCAGACUUGGUGUGGCGUUUGGCGAUCCAAUACCGGCUGAUAAAAUAACGGCUGCAUUGACUAUGGAGGCUGAAAAGCGGUUCGCGCUAUGUGAACGCAAACGACAGAUGGACGUGGCGCGGAGCGAUGUAACUGCGAUCAUUCAGCGAGCGGUGGAAGCUUUGGGUAGACAAGUCUCUGGCGACCUUCUCAACGACUCUCGUUCAUAG